AUGGUGGAAAUCACACCGGACUCGUUCCUGUCGAUCCUACCCAGGCAUUCAAAAAUACACCCAAGGGUGCUUUUCUCAACGUUCCGGAGUUCCACACAUGGUACGUGGUCGUUACAUGUUCCGGUAGACGAUGUGGUUCGACCAGCUGGUUGCAGUAAUAAGACUGGAGGAACAUAUCCCAUGUUAAUUUAUCCGAAUAUUGUGAAUAUGAUGGGUGAGAUGACGGUUGAUGUCAACGCAAUAUGCCUUGAUCGAGCUCAAACCUACAUACUUAUGAUAGAACAGCGUCAGACCGCCACCUGUACAGUAUUGAAUCCAUCGAUAGCACGAUGCCAUCUGCCGAAGAUCUACGACUGGGGCACAAAAACCGUUUAUUUCCAGCCUCAGAGUGGAGGCGCCAAUGAUGAAAAGGCUUUUGUUGGCUAUAUCUACUUUGUUACGCCCACUCUGGAUCCGAUGCGAUUGGACAUUGGUAACAUCUAUGAUUGGUUCAAAAAUCCCAUACCUUACCAGGUCAUGCCACUGAUCUGGUAUCCCAGAAACUUCACGAAUCCCGAUAUCGCCACCCAUAUGGAAUCAGUAAGGAUCAGCGAUGAUCAGAUGUAUAGCGUUCAGCUUGGUCUCUAUGUUAUCGGUUACAGAGAAUAUAAGGACGAUGGGAUCAAGAAAUUCCGACCUGAGCACAGGAUUAUCUGCCGUUUGGCUACAUACUCCAAUCGGAAUACUUAUGAGUAUCGAUGGAAACCUCAGGAAGAGCGGAUCAACAUCUAUCAGGUCGAACAAUGGUAUUUGAACGAUUGGCAGCGAACUCAUGAGCUCUAUAAUUAUCGUUUCGGUUAUCUGAAGCUGGCACCGCUCAAACCAAAUCAGAACGAGCUCAAUCCAGGCACACUUCUGUCAGGCCUCGUCUCGGCUCCAAUUUCGUUACAUUGGCUAUGGACCACGAAUAAUCCAGAGUUCUCCACGACUACUUACUCUCAAGGUGAUGAAACCGCAAGAGUGGAGUUUGUGAAGCAGAAGUCGCUGGAGAUGUGCCAUGACUGGUAUGACGAAGAUGGUGCUCAAUGGAAUUUCAUUCGUGAUACCGAGACUAACUCAUCGUGUCCAUGCAUUGAAAGACAAGCGAUGGCCGAUCUCGGGCGGUUCAUGCCACAUCCCAGAUGCUCUCAAGCCUUUCGAGAUAUCACGUGUACGGUAGCGAUUGGAGCACGGAAUUGUUACAUGUCAGCACAAAAUAUCUAUGGCUCCUACGCUGGCAGAGGACAGGGUUAUGAAAGUGAAAAUACUGCACGUUUCCCGACUCACUACGGUCAAGUCUGUUGUUAUGACGAUGCUGGCCAUCUGAUGCAGACCAGCUAUCAACCUGUGAUCAAAGUCACGCCAGAUGUUCCUGGUUUAUCAGCCUUCCAUAACGACUACAUGCCAUACUUCUUGUGCUGUAAAUUUGCCGAUUUCCGUUGUCAAAUGUUCUACUGGAGACGACCUUCUAGCGGAUGUCAGGAGUACCAACCGCCGGCAUACGGAGAAGGUAUGGGCGCCGGCACGUUCAACACGAUCGAUAAUGACAAGUUUAUCUUCAAUGAGCCGGGAGUCUUCAAUGUACUUUACAUCCCUCAGACUCUUAAAACACCUGAAGUGAAGAUUCAGCUGAGACUUGAGCGAUAUCCUGAUCGGCGAGUGGAUUUCAGUUUACUCGGUCGAGGGAUGGCUCAACAGGACCUCGUCCAGCCAACGAACGUGACCGUCAUUACUGGUGUUGUGAUGGAAGCUACCGGUACCGACAGAGUACAUGUCGUCUCACGAAAGGACACCAGACGAUUCCGCUAUCGAACCAGCAUCAUUGUCGGAAAUAUUAUGCGUUACUUUGACACGAUGAGGCUUCAGCGGUUCAAAGGUGUAUUGGUCUAUGUGAACAACGUCGAACGAGGUCAACCUGAGAUCUACAUCGUUCUCGAAGAAGCUCAAAUUGGUGUUCGAAUCAGAGAGUCCUACGCGAUCGACGUUGAUCGUUACUCGAAUUAUCAGGAGAGCAUGGGAAUGUUGAAUGUGGCGCUUAGUGUACCACCACAAUAUGGAGUGAGACCCGACAAGACCCGCGAGACGGAGAUGCGUCAGCGGUACAAUCUCCCUCGAGUGUCCGGACUGAUGAGGCCAUUCCCUGAUCAGACGUCAGCGAGUUUCAUGCAAACCCUGACCUUGAAUGAUGUCAAUUCAGAGACCUAUAGACAGCAGAUUAUCAAUAUGUAUCGAGUGCAAGGAUCUGGUGAGCCUGGAUCGGAACAGGCAUUGUCUUCGCAGAAUCAAGCUGGACUACCUACCGAAAACAUGUUCACCACUAGCAAGGACGAGGACAAGAAAUUUGAGGUUUUCCCAGAAGCAGCAAUGAAGAGCGGCCCCAUUUACAGAACAGCUCCAAAAUACGAGGCUGGUGCCUAUCGAUUCCAUGCUAUCACUGGUCAAGCACUCAACCAGCGACUGCAGACCUGUCGGGAUUUGCAGCAGCAGAAUAUCAUCAAUCUCCAACCCCUACAAUCACAGCUAACCGAAGCCUACGGACUCAGUCAAUGUCCAGAUAAUCCAGCAGCGAUUAUCUCCGAAUGUGGUGAUUCCGUACCGUGCCAGUACGAUUACACCACUCUCAACGCUAAGGUGAAUUGCACACGUUUUUUUUUUGCUGAAAUCUAUAGUUGUGAAAAGGGAAGAGGCGGCUUAUGGCCUUUUUAG